UCUGAUCCAUUUCUUUUAACUGUGUGGAAAAAGAUACAGCGGCUUAGAUGAACAAUCAAGCUUAGUCUUUUAUUAGCCUGGGUGUACGGACGGGUAGUAAUCAGGAAAAUUGGACGACUUUUAUGGGCUUUCUUUUGUUUUCCUUUUAUAGUUUAUAAAAGUUUUUUUUGGGGUGUGUGAAUAUGGAGAGCAAAGAGUCGAAUUUUAGUAAGGAGAGUAAAGGAGGAAUGGGAGAUGGGUUUACAGACAGGAGCAAAGUGAGGAUUUUGCUAUGUGAUAAUGAUACCAAGAGUUGUGAAGAGGUUUUUUUUCUUCUUUUGAGAUGUUCUUAUCAGGUGAUUUCAGUAAGGUCUGCUAGACAAGUUAUUGAUGCAUUGAAUGCCGAGGGAGCUGAAAUUGAUAUCAUACUUGCUGAAGUUGACCUCCCAAUGUCAAAAGGAAUGAAGUUGUUGAAGUAUAUUAUGCGGAAUAAAGAACUGCGUCGGAUUCCUGUUAUUAUGAUGUCGGCCCAGGAUGAGGUCUCUAUUGUUGUUAAGUGUUUAAGGCUUGGUGCUGCUGAUUAUCUUGUCAAGCCAUUACGAACCAAUGAAUUGUUGAAUUUGUGGACACAUAUGUGGAGAAGGCGGCGCGAGCUUGGUCUGGCAGAAAGGAACAUCUUGAACUAUGACUUUGAUCUGGUGGCAUCAGAUCCUAGUGAUGCUAAUACAAACAGUACCACUCUGUUCUCGGAUGACACAGCUGACAGGUCCCGGAAGAGCACCAAUCCAGAGAUGGGAGGUCCUAUCCACCAGGAAGAAGAGUUCGCUGCUGCUACUGUGGAGCCUCCACAGAAUGAUUCAUCUGAAUGUCGUCCUGGUGUUCCAGGAAUAAGUGAUCGGAGAACAGGGCAACUUGCAUGUGGUCCAAAGAAGAGUGAGCUAAAGAUUGGUGAGUCGUCAGCCUUCUUUAUUUAUGUAAAGUCACCUGCAGUAAAAAGCAGCUCUCAAGCGGCCAUCCUUAAUGGCGAAAAUGCUGCUCAGAAUAAGAUCUUUGGAGCGAAUCUUCCACAAUCCGGUCAACAAGUGGUUAAUGGUACCCAAGUACACGAGAACGGUGAAGCAUGGGAAAACUGUUCACAAGGCGAUGACUUUCGAAGCAGCAGCAGUGUUCCGGAUUCACUUUCCUUAGAAAGGUCUGCAUCAAUUGAGUUCUCACAACAAAAGAGUUUUAGGGAAGACAAGUUUCUUCAGGAACUUGUGCCACCAAGAAAUGAACCUCGACAUGAUGUAUCUGGUCUACCAACACAAAAUGCUUAUUCAUACUAUAUGUCGGGAGCUAUGAAUCAAGUUAUGAUGUCACAAUCGGCCCAAUUGUUUCAGAACAGCCUCCUUGAACUUCAAAAUCACGCAAGUUUCGGUGUGCUACCUCAAUAUAAUCACCUUCAACAUUGUCAUUCCCAUCCACAUGCUAGUGGGAUGGCACCGUUUCCGUACUAUCCGGUUAACAUGUGCAUGCAACCUGGUCCGGUGCCGACAGGUCACUCGUGGCCAUCAGUGGGAAACUCAUCUUCCAGUGAAGUGAAACCAAGUAAGGUUGACAGAAGAGAGGCAGCAUUAGUCAAAUUUAGGCAGAAAAGGAAAGAGCGCUGUUUCGAUAAGAAGAUUCGAUAUGUAAAUAGAAAAAAGCUAGCCGAGAGCAGGCCGCGAUUGAGGGGGCAGUUUGUGAGGAAAUCUAAUGGUAUAACUGUUGAUCUUAAUGGGGAACCUGCUUGUGCUGAUUACGACGAGGAUGAAGAAGACAAUGAGGAGGUAUUGAGGGAGUCUUCUCCGGAAGAUGAUACGUUAUGAUUGUUGAUAUUCACUUUAUAUUCAUGGAGCAUCUUCUUUAUUUUAUUUUAUUAUAUUUGUGUACCUCUGUGGAAGAAGGAGAAGUAGUGUUCCAUUGAAAGAAGUCCUUACCGAAGAAGAGCAAGGACCACAGAUCAGAGCAAAUGUUCUUGCUUCGGAACCAGGUGAAAAGCGGCCGGAUCAAAGCGUUGGACGUGCUUCCUUCGGAACCAGUGCCCUGUGGAGUGCAUGUAAAUGGAGAUCAAACAUAGUAGUUGUAUUGUUUUCCAUGGUUCAAAUUUAAACAAUUAAAGUAUUG